UUUAUUUACUGUGAUGACAAACGUCUUGAUAGCAAUGUUUCUACUAUUCUGACUUCUGCAAGCUUGGUUAGAAAUUAUGAUCCUUUCGAUGGUGAAAAUAAGGUUAUCGACAGCUUGAUGAUUCAAGUGCAACCUUCGAAAGGGCCAUUACUAGAGGGGUCGCUAAUACAUUAUAAUCUAGAUUAUAAUGUGGCUCUAGUCAGUGUCAAGAAUUAUAAUGCCUGCCCUCUUGCAAUUUGUAAACGCAAUUUGAUAUAUGAGUCUUCUAAGGUGGUGUCUGUAGGGUGUUGCUUUGGAACGGGCAAAUUAAUGGCUUCAGGUGGGAAACUGGUUGCCUGGUCGGGCUCGCUUGAUUGCAAAUUGCUUCUCUACUCCACAUGUAAAAUCACCAAGGCUGGGAUUGGAGGGCCUCUUGUUGAUUUUGAUGGGAAUUUCAUUGGCAUGAACUUCUAUGACCCGAAAUUAGGCACCCCAGCUGUGUCUUGUAAUGAUAUUGUUGAUAUCCUGGAAUGUUUCAAGGAAAAAUGGACUGGUGGAGUUGAUAGUUUGUCUAAUCCAAAUGGUGUGGGUGGAGGAGGUGUUCAAGGAGAUUGCUGUGUUCGUCUGAACUGGUGGCCAGUACCUCGGCCAUAUUGACGUGAGCCAGAUGAACCUGAGAAGUCUUAUUUGGAUGAAUAUGAACGCAGGGUCCUAGACAGCGGCUGCAAGUUCGUGUACGUUGGUGGAUACAUACUCAUUCUGAAGUAGUCGUUUUUUGAGCUGACUUGUCUGAGAUGCUUUCUAUAUAACUUUUGAACGGAUAUUGCUUUUGUAUUGUUCCUUGUAAAUUAGUCGUGUACCGAAUUGUGCUUGAAGCAAUCUGAAGUUAUUUUCAUUUGGAUAUGUAAUGUAGUGGAACUGCCCAACUUAAACUGGCUUAGUGCCCCAAUCGAUAUUCUUGGCGAA